AUGUCCGCUCCCCCGCCUCAGCAGCCCGGCGCCGGUGCCGGCGGUGUGCCGCAACAGGAUGCGCUCGACAAGGGCGUCCAGGCCGCCUCGAAGCACUUUGGCCACGAGACCAACGCCUCGACGACUGAAAAGAUCUCGGACGGCAUCCGCAGCGGAUUCAAGAAGCUCACUGGCAAGGACGUCCCCAUCAAGGACAAGCAGUAA